AUGCGAAAACAUUUGACUUACAACACUUUUCCAAAGAUAGACCCCCAGCCCGACGAUGGCGACGACGUUGAACAGGAAUCCCCAACGCCCGUGAAACACUCCGCUGAAGAGGAGAGGCAGCUCGUCCGCAAGCUGGACUUGCGAAUUCUCCCAAUAGCAUGCUUGCUCUACCUCUUCGCGUACCUCGACCGUUCAAAUUUGGGGAAUGCCCGGUUACAAGGCCUACCUGAAGAUGUACUGGGUGGUGACAAGACCGGAGAGCUGUUCGACUGGGUCGUCUCUUCGUUCUACUUUUCCUAUAUUCUCUUCCAAAUUCCCGCCACCAUUAUAUCCAAGCUUUUCCCGCCAAAGGUAUGGAUGGCGUGUGCGGCAGUAGGAUGGGGAACAGCGUCCACCCUAAUGUCCACUGCGACCGGCUUCUCCACUCUCGUCGUAUGUCGCCUCCUCAUCGGUGUUUUCGAAGCGGGUUUCGGUCCAUCUCUGCCUUUGUAUUUUUCGUAUUUCUAUACCAAAGAGGAAAUGGGCUUGAGGAUGGCGUAUUGGUUUGGUUUCGCAACCGUCGCUGGAAGCAUCGGCGGCUUCAUUGCAUACGGUAUCCAGCAUAUUCAAACGACCAUCCCACACUGGAAAUUGCUCUUCAUUGUCGAGGGUAUCCCUCCCAUCCUUCUAGGAAUCUUGACCCUUUUCAUCCUUCCCAAUCGACCGGAAUCCACUUCGUUUUUCAAUGACAGAGAACGGAAGAUUGCCCUUGCAAGAAUGAACCGGGCGACUCGAGGUGAUGUUGGUGCCACAGUCAACAAAGCCCACAUUCUCCUUGCCUUCCAGGACUGGAGAGUAUACACCGGAGGUGUCAUUUAUUUUGGUUUGAACUGCGCUUUAGCGUCAAUUUCGGCCUUCUUGCCUACUAUCAUCACCACCUUUGGAUACACAAAUGCCCUUGCACAACUAUUGACGGUACCUCCGUAUAUCACGGCCUCCUUCGUCUUGAUCUCGUUCUCUUGGGCAUCCGACAAGCUUCAGAGCAGAGGAAUCUUCAUGUCGAUUGCGUGUUGUAUUAGCGGCAUUGGCUAUCUAAUCUUGUUGGCUGCCACCAACGUCCAUGUACGGUACUUUGCAACGUUCUGCAUUACCAGCGGGACCUAUACCACUAUCGGGAUAACCAUUGCUUGGUUCGCGCAUAACCUUGGAUCUGAAACGAAGAAAGCGACAGGGAUGCCGAUGUUCAUGGCUAUUGGCCAAUGUGGAAGCAUCUUGGGGUCGCAUAUCUUCCCGAAGGCAGAGGGACCGUCGUAUACGAGAGGAUUUGCGAUUUCUUGUUCACUGGCCUUUUUGGCUGCAAUUUGCUCGGGGUUGCUAUCGUUGUCGUACAGAAGAGAGAACGCGCUUAGGGAUAAGGUGUACGGAAAGGUAGACCCGGAUGCCCCAGUCGACACCCGUGAACUGGCCGAUGAGGCUCCCGGUUUCCGCUACGUCCCAUAA